UGUGUAGAAUCAACGCGUACAUCCGCGCGCGAUGGGAAAUCGCGUAGAGCAGUAUAGUAUUAGCAUAGUGCAGCAGUAGCGGUCGUCCAGUGCUCGCGUACCCAUAUAAAGUUGUAGCGGGUACAUAGUGCGCGAGAGGUCUAACCUCAAAAGAGAUUCGGUCGAAUCUCUACUGGCAUGGAGCUAGGAGUGCACUGACAGCGAUAGUUCACAAGAUCUUGGUUUCUAUGCAUUGCCUGCCAAAGAAGAACUGAGCCCAAUGUUUCCACACAAUUCUAGUUCACAUGAGAUUUCUACCGAAACAAAUGCCUUCGUACAAAAUUCCAAGUUUAUCAAACGACUGUUGCAGGGGGAUGUAGUAGUAUUAGAGGGAAGCAGUCUGAGUGGGGUGGGGGAGGGGAACGAACCAGAGGACGCUGGGUACUGUGAUAUCGAAUUCAUAAACAGCAGCAGCAGCAUCAGCACGAUGGCAGCACCUACCAGCCACCCCGAAGCUACCGCCGCCAAUGACUUCUCAACCGUCCUGUCACGCCAUUCUGGUGAGCUCGGCUCGGCCGGUAUGCGCUCGGCCCGUCGGUCGUCUCUGGCUCCGAUAGAAGCAGCAGCAGCAGCAUUAUCAUCGGCAGCAGCAACGUCGUCGCCAUCUUCAUCAUCGUUAUCAGCAACAGCAGCAGCAGUAGCAGGCGACAUACAGCAGAACAACAAGUAUAACAACAAUAUGAUUAACUACAACAAUGCCAACAACAAGAUGAACAACAACAACAAUGAUAGACCAAGAAGCGACGAGGAAGCUGAGAAGUUGGAGCUGGAGGAGGAUGAGCAAUCCACCACAAUGAACCACAACAAUGCAGAACAUAAUCAUCACAAGUGCAGAAAUCCGAAACAGCAGCAGCAGAAUGAUAGCUGUUGGCCGGAGGCUCGUCGUCGUCGUCGCGGCCCGCCCAAGCAAUCGCGGACGACGGCUAGCAGCCAAGCCGCUAACUCUAAGUCUACGUCUAAGCCGUUAAGUGAUAAUAAGGAUAGCUUUAGCUCAGUAAGCCCUAGGGUACUAAGCUUAAGAAUUCGUCGUAAGAUGAGCAGCAGCAGCAGCAAUUGCAGCAGCAAAAUAAUAAUAAUCGACGGCGUCGACAGCAGGAAGGACAAAAACAAAAACAAAAUAAACCGGCUCUCCCGAGGGCCAACACCUAGCCUAGUUAGGAUACCCAAGUCUGACGGCCAGCGGGCCCUUAACCUUAAGGCUAAGCUUAGUCAUGUAAGUUACUUUAAGCCGAAUAACUCCAAGUCUGUGAUAUCGCUCAGCUCGAGCAGCAACUCUGCCGCCGGUGGUGGUAGCGCUAGCCGAGGCUUCGGCAACGGCCAGCAGCUCAUCGUCAUCGCCAGCAGCCGGCAGCAAGUAAGACGCCGGGUUCUCGCGCGCACGGCCAGUUCUUCCAUUACGCUUACCGUUUCCAAAAGACGCGCUGGCCCUGCUGCAGCAUUAGCCAGAGCCAACAAGCCGGCCGCCACCUUCAUCACUACCCCGUGGGGACGUGCAGGGGCUGCAAGAAUCGAGCUGCCGCGACGACUAAUAAGCGCAUUAUGUGUUCCAUUAACGAUAGGCACUCCGUCGACCAAGUCUACUAAGAACAAGAUCGAACAAGACCAGUCGCGGAGAAUAAUCGAUGGUAUUAGCUGUACCGAAGCAACAAUAUGUACUGUUGGUGCUCUUUCAUUUCAGGAUAACAAUAAGUCUAACGAGCCUCUAAACACUAGCUUUAAGAGUGUCGCGCUCGUGGCCGCGGCCAAAGAACCUGUCGACGAUAAGCAAGAGGAGCAAGAGGAGGAGAAGAAGGCGCUUGCGGCGGCGGCGCCCGGGCGCGAGUCUAACCUAACACUUAAGUCUCUGUCUAAGUCUACGCCGAGCGUUAAGUCUAGCGAUAAGUCUGACACUGAUGUUGUUUUAAUGGUUAAUAACGAUAAUAAUAAAGAGGAGGCGUCCCGCGUAUCAGCAGCAGCGGCCACGUUCCUGAUGGAUCGCGCGGACGAUAGUGAUGAUAAAGAGGAGAUACUUGAUGAGGAGAAGUAUAAGGAGAACAGUAGCCAGGACGACGUCGGUCGGUUCGAGCAGGAGCCGACCCUUAACAUUCCUACACUGACUACCUGCGAGCCUACGAUGACGCUUACACGCAAAUCGACCACCGUCACAUCCCAAACGAACGAUGUACCUGCUGAGCCUCGUUUCCAAGCCGACGAACACGAUCUCGAUGUCGAGGAGUAUGACAAUGCGAGGAUGACGAGAAUGAAUAAUGAAACGAGGACUAGCCUCGUGGAAGACUGCAAGGACCUCCUCGCCGAUUACUGGAUAUCGCGCGAUCCGCGCCACUUGACGAGACUGAGGGAGGCCUUGAAUACUCUGCUGACAACUCGUGACAACUCGCCUACUACAACCACGACAUAUCUACCAUCAUCACCAUUAUCAUUGACUACCUCUGAGUCUGCUCGUCUGCAGUACAGCUGUGCCGCAGUGAGCAGCGCCUCGAUCAUUCUCGGCUACAAGGAGCGCUGGGGUAUUGCCGCGUUCAUGGGUCUGGCCGGUGGCGGCGAGAGCUCGCUGAACAAUAGCGCCGCGGCCAACUGGGCCGCUGCUCAGCCGACCACUCCCAACAACAACAAUCAGGCCCAAUCCGGCUGGGGAACAGCUGGAACAGGAGCGGGUGGAGCCGGUGGCGGUCCAGGUACACCUGGCAACCAAGCCGUUGUCGGCGGCCAAGCUGGACCACCUCGCGACUGGCAGAGUGCCACGCGACCCAGCACCAUCGGCAAUCAGAUUUCCAAUCAGAAUCCCAACCAGAAUCAGAGUCAGGGUCCAACUGGACCACCUACCAAUCAAGGAUCUAAUCAAGCAGGCCCACCAACGUCCCAAUCGAACAAUCAAUCUCAGUCAAACCAGGCAGGCGCAGGCAGCGCUGCUCAAUGGGCCCAGGGCGGUGCUGGCGGUAAGCCUAACAAUCCCGUCGGUAGCGGCGUACCCAACAAUCCGCAAGGUCAGAACAACAACGGUGCCAAUGUUGUGAAUCCGCAACAACAGCCACCACAGCAGCAGCAAGCUGGUCAAUCUGGCCAACAACAGGCUCAACAGCAACAAUCGCCCGCUGCCGGUGCUGGAAAUAAUAAUCAGCAGAUACCCGUUACUCCAGGCCAAGGCCCAGUAAGCACUGCCACGACGCCCACUACUCCUUCGACCAAACUGCAACUUGAGCAAUUGAACACCAUGAGAGAGGCGCUUUUCAGUCCUGAUGGCUGGGGAUGCCAACAUGUGAACCAAGACACUAAUUGGGAUGUGCCAACUUCACCAGAGCCACCUCGUGAUCCGCACAAAGAGAAUAUGCCGCAAUGGAGGCCCCCGAUCAACAACGGCACUGAUCUGUGGGAGGCCAAUCUGCGCAACGGUGGUCAGCCACCGCCGCAGCAGCAGAACAAGACCCCCUGGGGGCACACGCCUUCGACCAACAUCGGUGGAACGUGGGGCGAAGACGAUGACACCGCUGACUCGUCCAACAUGUGGACAGGAGCUCCAGCUCCAAGUCAACCCAGCAACGCUCCCUGGCCAGGCAGCUCAGGCAACCAGACCGGUAUGUGGCAGUCACCCGCAACGGGCGGUGCUGGAUCUGGAGCUGGCGCGGCCAGUGUGCACGGAGGCGGAGGUUCAAACUGGGGCGAUCCUCGCGUCGAUCCUCGGGACCCGCGCGAAAUUCGCUCAGUCGAUCCUCGAGAAAUGCGUGGAGCUGAUCCCCGCGAACACCGUAUGUCAUUGGAUCCUCGUGAACAGCACAUUCGUGUAGUUGACCCCAUGGUCCGCGACCCACGAAUGUCCGGCGAAAUGCGCGGUGACCCACGCGGUGGUAUUUCUGGCCGACUCAACGGUGCCAGUGCUGACGCUAUGUGGAACCAACCACCAGGUCCACCGCAUCACCAGCUACCAGGUCACCAGCACCCCAGUGGCCCUCCGACAAAGAUGCUUGCCCCUUCGAGCAUGAACCAGUGGUCGGCUCCGCCACCCAAAGAAAUGAUGCCUGGCAAACCUUCCGGCUGGGAGGAACCAUCGCCUCCCACGCAACGGAGGAAUGUGCCGAACUACGACGACGGUACCAGUCUCUGGGCCAAUCCCGCUGCUAAUCAGCGACCCAUACAGGGCGGCAAAGUCUCGCACUGGAAAGACGUUCCACCUCAGAAUCUCGGACGUGGAGGCAUGCAGUGUCCUCCCGGAAUGUUACAAAACCAGAUGCCCGGUCAGCCCGGCAUAAAACCCGACUCGGUAGGAGGAGGUGGUGGCGGAGGUGGUCCCAUGUGGGGUAAUCACCCAGGUAGCGGUGGUCCUACUGGAGGCGGUCACAAUGGUUCCUGGACCGAAGGUCCGCCCGAUGCCGCUGGCUGGAAUGCCGAGAGCAAGUCACGCCGUCGUCCUCCUUACAUCGACAUUGUCGAUCCCCGUAACCAGGCUCCCUGGGAUGAACACCAGAAGCCCCAACCGAUGGGUCCCAGUGGUGUUAGUAACUGGGGCGAUGCAGACCUCGAUCCUGCAACCAGCUGGGGGCAUACGUCUAAUCUUGUUAAGCCUACUCUCACUAAGGAACAGAUUUGGAAGAGUCGCGAAUUUCGUUCUCUAGUGGAAAUGGGCUUCAAGAAAGACGACGUGGAAAUAGCUCUGCGGAGCCGUGAGAUGAACCGCGAAGAGGCACAUGAGCUGCUGAGCCAGCUUCGCCCACAUGAUCAGUGGCGUCGUCACGACGGCGGCCACUCAGGCUAUGACCCGACCAACCAGUCGGCCAGCACUCAAUCCUUCCCGCGCUUCAAUCAACACGUUACUCAACAGAUGUCAUUCCCACCGGGGGUUGGUGUGCCGAGCGGCGCGGUGGCAGCAGCCGCGGCUGCGGCGGCAGGCGGCUCUGUGGCCAGCGCCAGCCUACUCAAGCUCCAGCAGCAGCAACAGCAACAGCAUCAGGCCGCCGCGGCUGUACAGCUACAGCAGCAGCAACAGCCGAGCAACAAUGCGCCCCAGCCGCCCUUCAAUCAGUUUAACGAAAAACAGCAGGCGUCACGCACACCGCAGAACCAGCCGUCUACCCAGCAGCUGCGUAUGCUCGUCCAGCAAAUACAGUUGGCUGUACAGGAGGGUUAUCUCAACCAUCAGAUCCUGAACCAGCCACUGGCGCCGCAGACACUUAUCUUGCUCAAUCAGCUGCUCCAACAGAUCAAGGUCUUGCAACAGCUCCAUCAACAACACACCAUGCAAAACUCGCUCAAGGGCAACGGACAGACCGUCUUGCAAAUCAGCGUCCAGAUCACCAAGACCAAGCAGCAGAUCGCCAAUCUCCAGAACCAGAUUGCCGUGCAACAGGCCACAUACAUGAAGCAGCAGCAGCAACAACAGCAGCAGCAGCAGCAACAACAGCAUCCGACUACGCCGACCCAGCCGUCCGACUACUACAAGCCACCGUCGGUCCACGAUCCUAUGAGUGCACUGCAAAACAGCUUCAGCGACCUUGCCAUGAAGGAGACAGUGAGCCAGCCGCAAUCUCGAUUAAACCAGUGGAAACUACCGUCGCUGGAUAAAGACGGCGACUCCGUAGCAAACGAGUUCUCUCGCGCGCCCGGUAGCACCAGCACCAAGCCGCCUACAACUCCAGGUGGCCUCAGUCAGUCUCACAGCAGCCCGAACAUGAAUCCGCUUCUCGGACCAGGCGACGGUACCUGGUCUACACGACUCGGCGAUAGCGGUUGGCCAGAUGCAGGCAACAGCGACUCUACCGACGGCAAGGAUUGGCAGCCGGCGGUUGCCGGAGCAGCAUUCACUGAUCUUGUACCAGAGUUCGAGCCCGGCAAACCCUGGAAGGGGCCACAGAUGAAGACAAUCGAGGACGACCCAAGUAUCACACCUGGCUCGGUGGUUCGCUCACCGCUCUCGCUGGCCGCCAUCAAAGAUCCUGACACCAUAUUCUCAGCCGGCAGCAAGACCUCGCCGCCACCGCAGUCAGCCGACAGCACCUCCAUUCCUAGUCUCAGCAACUCGACCUGGAGCUUUAAUCCUCCAGUCACGACACCCAGCGUUUUUACCAGUGGUUUACUUGCGCAUAGUUCGAAGAACACCUGGGCAGACGCGGCUCCACCGCCAACAGCCGUCACUUCGGAGCUGUGGGGCGCACCGAUGAGCAAAUCUCGUGGUCCGCCACCCGGCCUCGGCAGUAAGGGCACUGGCUCCGUUUCCAACGCAAGCAAUGGAUGGACAGCUCUCAGUCGCUCCAACACUUGGGGCCUGCAAUCCAACGCUCCGGGCGCUGGAGCUGGUAACAGCGGAUGGAUGUCGCCCUCCACCUGGCUGCUUCUUAAAAAUCUCACACCGCAAAUCGACGGCUCAACUCUCAAGACUCUGUGCAUGCAGCACGGACCUGUCCAAGACUUCCGACUUUAUCUCAACCAUGGAAUUGCCCUCGCCAAAUAUUCUUCGAGAGACGAGGCCAGCAAGGCUCAAGGCGCGCUGAACAACUGCGUUCUCGGCAACACAACUAUCUUCGCCGAGUCGCCCGUUGACAGCGAAGUGCAUACUCUGCUCCAGCAGCUUAGCCAUGGCAGUGGUGGUGGCGGUGGCGCCGGUGGAGCUGGUGGCCAGCAGCCGAGCAGCAACGCCGCCAACUGGGGCAUUCGUGCCAGUGCCAACAAAGCAGGUCCGCCCACUGACACCUGGGGCGCUGGUGCCAGCCAGCUCUGGGGUGCACCGCCCGCAACCAAUUCGCUCUGGAGCAGCAGCGGAUUAGACACUAGCGACCAGCAGCGUGCCACGCCGAGCUCCCUGAACUCGUACUUACCCGGCGACCUCCUGGGAGGUGAGUCCAUGUAGAUGACGAUGAUGAUGAUGAACGAAAAUCGAGGAAGGAGCCUUCUUGUCACGAGCAACGUCAAUUAAAAAAAUCCCAACAAAUUUCCGAGAUUACAAAGAAAUAAUGGACGAGAAUGCCGCAAUCGAGAAACGACGAAAUUCCGAGAUACGAGAGAGUAAGAAACUACUACCAUUGAAACAAAGCAAACAAAAAAUAAUUAACGAGAGGAGCGAGCAACUCGUGAUCGCUCCGCGAGACUGUAGGCUAUUGUAAACGAUACAUAUAUAUACUACAUAUGCGUGCGAGAAUUCGUCCCCGAAUAAGCGUUACUUAAAGAAAAAUAUUGAGGAGAAGGAAUUUAGGAGGCGUCGAGCAGCACGAGACCGUAAUUCGAAAGAGUCGUAAAGUUUUUUAUCUGAUCGUUGACCCGCGUAUUCUUUCCUUUUCUCCUAUGUUUAACGAGGAUCAGCAGUAUAUCAAUUCCUCGCUCUCAAUGCGAGAGGGCGACGAAUAUAUCGCAAGAGACUCGAGGAACUUACCCUCUCGGCUGCUCCUCGCGACUUUGUCGAUACAUACCAUAACACAAUAAGUGCGAGACGUAUCGAAUGAUCACCGCCGAGGAGCCUCGCACAUAUUCGUACAAUGACAAAAUGAUAAGUAAUCACAAUAAUAAUUCUAAUAAUAAAUAAUGCCCACUAAUGCAAGGCUCGCCGGACGGUCGGUCGCUGUUUUUAAUUUUCUUCUUCACACAGCCAAGAAGGGAUCACACCACAGGCGCGCGCUUUCGUAAACGAGUGUUCCAUUUUUUUCUUCUUUCUUUCUUCAUUCUUCGCCGACCAGUCGAAGACUGCGGCGAGCAUUAAACUUAGACUGUACCAAUCUAAUCAAAAAGGGUGUAGAAAAAAAGGAAAAAAAGCGUUAAAAAAAUAAUGAUAAACGAAAUAUAGUGUGUGUGAGAGAGCGAAUUGAUGAAAAGAAAAUAAUACAAUAUCUUCUAAAGCAAACAAAAUGAUAAUGAGCAUUGACGUCGCCCGACUCCGUGUGUUGACAAAGGCUCGCGCGCGAGCUGUUGCGACGACGUUCCGGGCCUCCGCGGAGUUUUUAAGCAAAAAUAAGAAAAAGGGGCGAGAGACCGUGAUGUGGUCCCGACGCGCGCGCGUGGAAUAAAACAAAAGUUCUCUCCGUUCCCGAAGUCUGAGAUACACACGUACACAUAUAUUAUUAUAUUAUAAAUAUAAAAAUAAAAAAUCCGUCGAGAGGCUGAGAAAAAAGGGACACGCGCAGCGCCAUCCGUAGGUAGCGAAAAAAAAACUAAAGCCAACGAGAGAGAGAGAGACGCGGCCGGCGACGCAACGAUACCAAAUGUUAUCGCAAUAACGUAAAUUUUAUUCUAUAUUAAAUCUAAAUGCCACCUGUCGUGCCAAUGUCCAGUGUGUCUCUGUACCAUUUAUUAAUUGUAGAGUUUUAAUGAUAUUAAAUAAAUCGACGACGUGAACGAGUGAAUAAUAGGAAAUCCGGGGUGGGUGGGUGGGGUGUAUGAGUUUUGUGUGUACAGUUAGGGGAAGGGAAGAGAUACAAUUGACGCUUGAGCUUCUUUUUCGCGAUAUAUCGAGGAAGUAUAAGAGGCCAGGAGAGUAGUCGCGAUGUAGUCAGGUGGGGAAAUCUGCGCGAGAGGUGAGGACCGAGACUAUAGUUUCUUCACUGUUUUCAUUGUACUACUAUAAUUAAUGUUUUGUUCGCUCAGAACGGAUCUUAUCUGACUAAUUCACGGUUGUGGGGGGAGUGUCGAACUCUACCUAAUUUCGGUUGAUCUGCUUUAUCGCUACCACACUUUCUUCGAACAACCUAAUAACUGAUCUGGUGAUAUAGAUGACGUGUACAUAUAUAAGUAUAUCUUUAUCCGGGGGGUGGGAGGAGGUAUCGAAUUUUUAGUCUGCACUUACGACGACGAAUGACGAAAAGGUUUUCCUCGAUGCAGUAGCAAAAAUAACAGUUCGAUGAGAUUUUUUGUUUUUUGUUCCUUCAUUGGUCGUUGUUGUGUGACACGUUCGGACCUCGAGCUUUCAGUAGUCUUAAUGGUAAUCCAGCGGUGAAUAAAAAAAAAGACAAACUUUCUUACUGAGCUUUGACGUCGAUUCUUAGAUUAGGAGAGAUUCGGAGAAUGACCAAAUAAGGAAGAUGUUUUAUCAUUCGCUUAGAGGACCUCGCGGUCGAGGUCAGUAAAAGUUUUAAAUUCACGUGAGUGUAUAAUAAGUGAUGACUUUUUUUCGUUAUGUAUCUCGGCGUUGAACGUACCUGAUUGACUGAUGAGAGGGGAACGACGACGCAAUUUUACAAUGGAGAACGGGAACGAAAAACAAAAAAAAAACAAAAAAAAAACAAAAAAAAAUGCGAAAAAUCAACUUAGAAUUUGAUACUUUUGAUCUUUUUAUCGAUGUUUCUAUUUAUUUUUUUAAACACUUUUUUGCAAUUUUAAAAAAAAGCGCGAGUGGAAUUUUGUUCUCCAUUCCCUUCUAUUUACUUUUCACUCUCAUUCUUGCUCUUUUUACUAUAUAUAUACAUACAUACAUAAUCUUUCCCUCUCUCAGUCGACACUAUCGACGCGAGAAGCGACGAAUUCGAAACCAUAUAGCUGAAAAAUUCCACAAAAAUAUAUAUACACGCAUUCACCUAAGCUCACGCAAUACAGGACGAAACUCAAACGACGUUUUCGAGUGAUCGGCAUACUUAUAGGGUUUUUAAACGGAUGUAUAAUUAGGAAAGGAUGACGCGAUAUAUGUUAUGCAUAGCAUUUGCACACUAAAAAUCGAGUCGAAAAGAGAGGAAAAGGUUUUAAAAUUAAAAAUAAGUACAUAAUAAGAGACACACACGUGAAAGAUAAAAAUACACUUACACACAUCGAUAGAAUUGUAAGAAUAAGUUCUGAUUGUAUUAUUUAAUUGUAAAGAAAAGCGAAUCUAUAUACGAUCGAUUAAUCAUUGAUGGAAGAGUGCGAUGUAAAGGCAUACAUUAUAUGUACAUCAAAUAUAUAUUAUAUAUAUUUAUAUAUUUACGAAGCGUACAAGCGACUUUACGUGAAAACACUGACAUACAAGUAUUUUUUUGUUUUUUUUUCAAACGUAUCUUCUUUAAAGAAAAAAGCAACUCGAGAAAGAUUAUUAAAUGCUAGUCGCGAGCAACGCGAAACAAAGUAACAAUACUAAAAAACAUAUACUAAAGCAAGCGCGACGAUGAAUUGUUUUUCAGCAUUGUCACGAUCUAAAAUUGCACAUUACACAAUUAUUAUUAUAUUAUAUUAUAUUAUUUUUAUUAUUAUUUUUUUUUUGUAAAAGCAAUAUGCCAGACUUUUUAUUAUUACUCAAAUUGUUCUUGUCAAUUCUUUUUCAUUCCUUCAUAUAAUUAUAUUAUGUACACGCGUGCGAAAGAAAAAAACUGUUGAGGCCUUUUGUUCGCUGAGACCUCGAGAAGAAGACGCAUAUUAUAACUAGAUAACUUCGGACACUCCGGAAGAUUCCGAUGCAUCGAUACGUAAAGGCUGAGUCUGUUUCCGGUUUUCGUAUACGACCACCCAAACACGCGUAGUAAACAAAUAUUAUUGCCAAAGAUCCACUCGUAUCCGCAAACUCGAACCGCACGCGAGUCAAACUCGCCAGGGGCAAAAUUCACGAGUGCGAGCGGAUUUUUCCUCGAAAAGGACCUAAAGACCAAACAAAUAAGUCACAUGGCAGAGGGUCUCAUAAUUUGUCCGACGCUUUUUUCAAAAUCUUGUUUGCCGUACUAUUAUACCAGCACUAAAUGAAAAGGCCUUCGUUUGUAAGGCGGCACUGAGUUUCUGAGUGAAUAAGACAGAAACAAUUCCAUCGAUAGAGCUACGACAUCACGCGUGGCAAAAGCAACUCAUUAAAAAAAAAAAAAAUAUGUAGUCCAGUAGAUUUUAAAAACGACAAGCAAAUAUACGUGCGUACUAACGAUUAUCGCGACGCAAAGCUUUAAAAUUUAUUUUUCUAACUAAAACGAAAAAUGCGAGACAAAAUAAAAAAAUGCAAUGAGACAAAAAAAUCAAUAAAGUGUUAAUCAUUUUAUUAUAACUUAUUCUUUAACAUAUUCUAAAGAUCGACGUAUGGCGACAUCGACCAAACGGUAGUGAAAGGUGUUAAAAAUCGUGUAACUUAGAACGUCGCCACGGCGGCAGGUGAUCUAAAGCCAUUUUUAUUUGUAUAAUUCAUACAGGAGGAAUUAGUGAUAGUCGAAACUGAAAAAUAUAGAUACUUUUUGGCGCCUAUGCGUUUCGAUGCGAAGCUCAGCGAGGAGGCAUUUAUUUUGACUUUUUUCCUGCGACAUUAUGUAGCUAGGAAAAUAAUGCGAGUAAACUAAAAAAGAAACAAACGACAUUGAUGCUCACACACGUGCUUGUGAAAGCAAAGUCAACUUCGAGAGAACCAAACGUACACGUGUCGCAUAUGUAUAGAAAAAGCUCGAAGAGACGAUCACAUGCGAAAAAUAAGAUAAAAUAACCACCGCGUUCGAAAGAAAGCUUUCGAGACUGGAGGACGAUAAUGAUGGUGAUGUUGUGACAAAGUAUUUCACGUGUUGCGCCUGAGACUUACAUAAUUCAUUGAUCAAAUCAAAGACGAUGACGAACGGCAGAUUUUUGUUGUGAUAAUAACUAUUUGAACUUGUAGGUAUUAUAUGCUGUAAUCAAUGCGCGCGGCUUUCGUUAAAUAUAUAUUUCCCUCCUCUCGCGAGAGAGCGCGAGACUAAAGAAAUGCGAAGAGAAGUUACGACGACGAAGUGCUAAGAAUAGACGCGCGGGAAUCUGAGGAAUAUUAUUAGAGUAAAGAAAAACAAUACUUAUCGAAUACGUCAAUGUACCUACUCUAUGUUUUAAAAAGUACAGGCGAUUCUUACUCACGUGCUGAUACACACACAUAACCCAUUAAUAUUACUACAUAUAUAUGAUAAAAAAAUAUAUAUAUAUCUAUAUAUAUAUAAAAUAUAUAAAUAUAUAUAGAUGGAAAUAGUAUAUAUAUGAAAAUAUAUACGUUUAUAAUUUCAAGUAAGAUUCUAUUAUCGUAUAAGGGUAUGAAAAAAGUAUGAGAGUAAGACGAAUAAGAAAAAAAAAAUUAAGUAAGAAACAAUACGAUUUUUAAUAUUAAUAUAUUUAUGACAAAGAUAUUAGCCAUUAUUUGUUAAAAACAAAAAAGUAUCCCUAAACACGGGCAGCGGAAAUUUAAUGCAGCAAGUCUCGCGUUCUAUUGAUCUUUACGAUAAAUAUAUGUGUGAAAAAGAACGACGAGACGUAUUAUAGUUCUCUGCGUCCAAAACGCAGGAAGGGCGAUAAAAGUGUAAAAAGCGUUCUAGAAACAGUUCGAUAGGAAUUUAAGGAAUUUGACGUGAAAAAAAAUUAAUAAUUAUACAGAAGCAUUGUACACACCCGAAACACACACAUAUUCAUGCACACGAAUUCCAAUGUACCUUAUACGCUUUCCGUUGCUGUCGUCGUCGUCGUCUUUCUUGUAUAACUCGCGACAAGGGAAGCCAAUUCUUCAUUGUCUCUAUACGUACUAAAAAGAAAAUAUCAGACCCGCUUCGGGCGAUGAUCAUUCCGAGGAACCGUGAAUUUCGAAUCUUCUCUCGCGCUAUUCGAUCCUAGUCAAUAGAAUGGAACUUUGAUAGUCACACGGCGACGAAAAUGAAAAAAAAAAAAUUAUCAUCACACACGCGUUGGGAAAACGAUUCAUAUCAAACUUGGUCAGAGUUUUGUUAAUGUCCAGUCAAGUUCCUCGACUGAUCCUGAGAGGUUGUCUGUGCGUUAGCAAGUGUCGAGAGACCAAAUCAGCCACGUCGUUGUCGUCGUCGUUGUUUUUAUGAAGAGGUUUUCUCGAGAACACGAUCCACAACUAGCAUAAAUAAAAGAAAGAAAACUUGUACACACAAAUUGCGAUUACUAUAUUAUAGUACUAAUUCAUUAUAGCUAAACGGAACGCGGCUCUGUUUUACCGAAUAGAUAAAAAAAUACAAAAAAAAGGAAUAAUAAACUAGCGCUUAAGGGAAUUUUAGAGAGGGCUUUGUUUUUUUUUUGACGAGUGAGGUCUUUUAGAUUUUUAAGUAAGAAACACGUACACACACACACACACACACACUAAGAUUUAAGGCGACAACAAGAUUAAUUAAAGAAAAAAAAACUGCAAAAAAUGACAAAAAAAAUUAAUAAUAAACACCCGCUAUGUGAUAUUCUCGUGUCUUGUCCGACGAGAGACGUUGUUUUUUAGGAUUAUUAUUAUUAUCAUUAUAUUAUAUUGUAAUUAAUUGAUCAUGUAUCGCUAUGAUUUUAUGGGGAUACGUCGUAUAACAGUGGUAUAUGCCGUUAUUAUGAAUUAUUGCUGCUGCGAAUUGUCGGGCGAGUGGAUCGCGAUCGUGUCGAUAUAUGCGCUAGCGCGUGCCUAUACCUACC